GAAAAAGUCUCCUGACCGUCAGGUAGUUGAGUAUGAGCCACUACCUAAGCCCAUUCCUACUCAGAUGUUUUAAGACAAUUUCCAUCAUUUCCACUGAAGAUUGAAUUUAUUUGGAAUGCUCAGCUUCAGGUAUUCCUUUGUCAUUUUUCAUGUAUGGACUGAAUCCUGAUCAUAACUGUAUGAUGGUAGAUUCCAUUGAGGAGUGGCCACCAACAAAAUGGAAAUGAAAGAGAUUGCUAAACACAAGACACUGUGGAAGAUGAACUCAACCAGUGAACCUUUAUUAGUCACUGGUGUAGAAGUCAAUCCUCUGAAAAAAUUCACUAUUCCCAAGAUCAGGAGGACAGCUGGGAAAGUCUACUUGUCACCUUGUUGCACCAAUACUAGAGAGUAUAGUUUCAUACAUGAUACUCUUAACCAGUGCCAGCUUGAUGUAGGCUGUGAUCUGCAAUCAGCAUGGCAGUUUGGGGAUACAAAAUUGGUUCACAAUGAGGAUCUGGAAAAAAAUUUUACUUCUAAGAGGUCAGAGAUGCGUGAGAGUGGAAGACAUGGCAGAGAACUUGAAGAACAUUUCUGCUUUUUAGCACUUCCUCAGAAUGAUGUGGCUGAAAUAUAUCAAAAUGGGAUAAGUACUAGAACAUCUACAUUGAAGAUAUUAGGAAAUCCUCUUCUUGGAAUUUAUGUAUUUAGACAUGUUGAUGUUGCUUUGAAUUAUGCUCAUAGUAGAAGCAUUACUGUAGAAAGUAUUGUAAUUUUUAAGGUUCUCUUUGGAAAAGUGAAGAAAAUUCAGCCUUCGGUGGAUAAAAACAAAGUUUCUUUGGAUCCUUCUCCUAAUUUUGAUUGCCAUAUGUCAAGAAACAUACCUUCUCUGAAAGAUACCAUUGAGUUACAAGCCUACAAUUCAGCGGUAUACUUCUAUGAAUACAAUGUACUUUCAAAGCCAGUAGAUAAACCUAGGCAGUGUCUUCCAUAUGCAAUAUUAACAGUAAAAUUUAUUGGUCAAAAAGUAGAUAAUGGACACCUUAUGACAUCUUUGAGAUUCCUCUCAACUGGAUUUCCUAAGAGGGCUGAAAGAACAUGCUCUCUGAAUAACUGUACAGUGGCCAAAAGAAUUGGAAAAGGAAAAGAUGCUACUGUCAUCUUUGAGCAUUUCAGGAAACCUGUAGAUCCAUUUGUUCAGGAAAACUGUUCUUGCAGGGCCCUAAAUUCAGAGAUAAAUCCUUCCAAUGCAAAUAUUUCUAAUUCCUAUGGAAAUGUGCAAAAUGGAAACAUUUCUGUACAUGAAACAUACAGUGGACAGAUGGAGCACAAUUUAGCAGAAUGUAGAGACACUUCUCAAGUACAUAUAUAUGAUUCAGGUCUUUCAUUUUUUCCCAGUGAUACCAGAAAAAGUGUUAAUGGGGACCUCAUGUUAAAUUUGACACAGCUUAAAAAUGUUUUAAAUGGUCUUUCUGCUGCUUUUCCCCUUCAUAACAAUACUGGCUCAAGCACAGUUAUUACUUCAAAACUCAUUAAAGAUCCAAGACUGAUGAGGAGAGAAGAAAGCAUAGGAAAACAUAGUAAUAGUACAGGCUUAAAUGAGAUUUUGCCACUUGAGAAGAGUUUAGAAAUAAACCUAUCAUCUAUGCCAAAUAAUUCUGCUUCCUCAUCUGAAGUUGUGCCUGGUGAUCAUUCUAUUCUUACUAAUUGUUUGGACGCCCCUUGCUUCAAAAUUUCUUUUGAUGAUUCACAGUCACAGGCUCACAACUUGGGCUCUAAGAACAAUGAUUAUACAACUCCCAAUAAAGUUACCAUGGCAGGACAGUGUAAAGGCCAAGACAAUUUUUCCUUUCCAAUAUGUUUGCCAAAUGUAGUUUCAGAAGUUGAGAACCAAAAACACAGUGAGGAAGAAGUCCAGAGAUCCCAACAGAGAAGCAACAUCCCACUUUCAACUGAAGAAAAAGGUGAACCACAUAACUCUUCUGAAUCAGUGAAUACUUGUACAAAAGGAUACAGUAGUCACAUUUCUCAGGAAUCAUGGUCUUCUAAUUUAGAAACUGUAUAUCAGACUGGUCAGCAAAUGUCUACAGUUUUUCCUCUCCAAAGGAAAGAAAGCAUACAUGGGUACAUUCAAAAUAUUGGAAAAAUGAGAGACUUCACUGGCCCAGAAGAUAAUUCCAAACAUGGAGAAAAGCAAAUUUUGUGGAAAGAAAUUGAUUUUACUAAUGAAGCAAAAAUCAGUCCAGUAGAUAAUUACAUUUCUUUGUGCCAAGAAUACAAAGAGAAUGAGAGUCUGUAUUCUUUUGGAAAAAAUUGUGAUCAAAUAUCAAUUACCCAAGAAUUAGAAAUACCAAAAUCUUCCGCAUCUACCACAAAGGAUAAAUAUGAGCUAGAUCAUCUAGCAUUGGAAUUACAAAGCAAUCUUACUCCAAGAGUGGAAAUUUCACAAAAGCAUCCUCAACCCUCUUUGGAGUAUGAAGAUAACAUUCAUACAAGUUUUGCAGUUUCUCAAAAACUAAUGGAACUAAAAUUGGAAAAACCAAAUCAAAACUCUGUUAGCAUUAUGACUAAUGCUUUCCAGGAAGAAAAUGACAUUCCCCAGGCCAAAGAACUGCCAAUUGAUAGAGUUACUUCAUCUCAUGACAUUGAAACAACUCGUGACAAUUCAGAUUGCAGCAUAGCUGGAGAACAUAUAUGUGUCCAUAGGAAAAAUGAGAAUGAUCCAGUGUCAUUGGAGAACAUGCAAAGAGACUGCAGAGAAACUUUUCAAGAUGCUGAUAAAGGUCAAGGUCAUACUCUGUUCUGUAGUGCAGAGUUGUACAAUGAUACACACCUGAAUACUGAUCUCAAAGAACAAGGAGAUAAUGAUAAAGAAAAUGAAAAUGAGCCUAAAGAGGAAGACAUUGCUUUGUCUACAGAAAACAGAGUAUAUAUAUAUGAAGAUGAGAAGCAGGGUUUUAAUACAAACAAAAAUUAUGCCAAUAUAGAUGAAAGAAGGGAAAACAAAAAUUACAACAACGUAGAAAUGCUGAGUUCUGAAGAAUUUUGUACAUUUAAUUUGACUUGGGGGAAAAGAUAUGUAUCAACAGAAACUACAUUUUUAGAAAAUGAAGAUACUAUCACUGCCAUAAAACAAAAAGAUACUCAAAAUACAGGUAGAAGUGUAGAGCAUUUGGCUCCCACAACAUCUCCCCAAAUUGUAGCAUCUUCAGUGCAUGUAGCCUCAAAUGCUGCAGUACAGAUAGCUGGUGAUGUGAUGCCUACAUUAGGCACAAAUCAUGAAGAUCACCAAAGAUACCAGAUUAAACAAACUUGUUCUGAGAGUCUAGAUUUUGGUUUGUUAGUACAACAUAAGGUUUCUGAUUGUGAAAUGGAUAUGGAUAACAAUAAAUUACGUGACUCAUUUCAUCAGUCAGUAAGUGACAGCUCAGUUCUUCAUAGUUUUGAAUUGGAAAAUAAUAUUGAAGUGGGAUCAGAACAGUGUGGUGAUGUUUUUCUAAUUGAACAAGAUACUCCUGGCCAUAGAAAUGUUCUGUAUGAAGAAUUUGGGGCCUUAUAUGAGGCUCUAAAGUCUCGUAUUGAUUGGGAAGGUCUGUUGGGAGGCAAUAAUGGGGAGAGGGAAGUUUUGAAAACCUCCAGAGGAAGGGAGAAUAAUGAUCAACAUUACUCUGAGGAAAGUAAUUGUUCUUACUCCUCUACACAAAAAGACAAAGAGCUCUUCAAUCCAAUUUUACUUCCAGAUUUACAAGUGAAAAUCACUAAUAUAUUUAUGCCAGGAUUCAGUCCCACUUUUGAAUCCCCUGCAUUGAAAGAUAAUUUUUGCAAAAACAUAACUAAAGCCACAGAACCAGAAACAGAUGAGGGGGAAGUGCCAGGAUUUGAAAUGUAUUCCCAGUGUUCUGGUGAAAAUUCACAUUAUCCAUGUGAAGAUGAUUUUGGUAAUACAAGGCAAGAAUCAGGACUAGUGAGUAAAUCUGAAAUCUCACUUUCUCUUGAUGUGAAUCAUAAUACACAAGGUAAUCAUGCUUCUGAAAAACAAAACAGUGGACCUUUGUUUACUGAACCCUCUAAUGUCACAGCAUUAAAUAAUGAAAGAAGUUGUUCCUUGACAAAGUCAAAAACUGAUGGUAACAAUACUAAAAGUAAAAAGGACACAGAAUCAAGAAUUAGCAAAAGAAAACCAAAUAUACCUUUUAGGGAUGAGAACACGCCACAUAAGGAUUUAAGGCAUCAUGAAAUUUAUGGAAAGAAGAGGAGGCUAACCAGUCAAGACUCAUCUGAAUGUUUUUCUUCAUUAUCCCAAGGACGAAUUAAAACCUUUUCAAAGUCAGAAAAACACAUUAGGAGUGUCCUAGAUAUUCUAAAUAGUGAAGCAUCUUUAUGCAAAAGCAAACGCCUUUCCAAAAAACUUGACAGAGCCGUUCUUCACUUAAAAAAAGCUCAUAGGAGAGUUCACACGUCUUUGCAACUUAUAGCUAAAGUAGGAGAAAAAAGGAAGGGCCCAUUACCAAAAUCAUAUGCCAUAAUACGCAAUAAUUUCUGGGAAAGUUGUGACCUUCAAGGUUAUAGCUCUGUGUCUGAAAGAAGAUAUUAUUCCACUAAACAUUUUUUGUCAAAAAGAAAAUAUGACAAGCUAGGAGAGAAAAGAGCUUUGGGAUUUGAAGUGGAUAAAUCAUUAACUCAUGUUUCAAAGCACAAGUCUUACAAAGCAAAGAGAGAGAGAAUCACAGAGUGCCUUUCUAAGAAAAAUAUGGCCAGCAGUGUCUCCAGAAUUCAUACCGCUAUUCAUGUGAGAGAAUUUUGUGAUCAAGAGUAUCCUGAAUCACAGUUAGCCCUGUGCUCUACAGCCCAAAGUACAAGUCUAUCAGCUUAUAAGAAGAGUAGUAUGAAAAGUCUAAGAUCAUCAGAACUUCAGCCAUUUUCUGGAAAAACCGGGUGUCUGUUUUCCCCAUCCUGCCCAGAUGAGAAACUAACUAAAAAAGAAAAUCGAAUUGGCACAAAGUUUUUAUCUAACAUUAGUAAAUAUGAAAAGCCUGAGAACCAUUCAGCAAAUAAUAAAAUUAAGGAUGCAAUGAAAGAAAGUAAUUCUGAGACUAAUAAAAUAAUAAAUAAGAGUAAUUCGUUAUCUUUAAAUUGCAUAAAAGAAAACAACAUAAGUUUUAGCAGAGACAAAAAUUAUGAUGCAACUUGUAUAACGCACACAAAGGUAACAACUGACAUAGUUAUUUCAGUUUUAGAAUCAAAUGUGAAGCACUUUUUAAAUGUUGAUAUCUAUAAACCAGAUAACCUUAUUUUAUCUGGUUAUAAAAGAAACCUGGAAGUAAAUUGUCCUAUAGAAGAAUGGACAGCUCCCACUCAGAGCUCCAAACCAGGCAUUAUUUCAGGAGACAUCCUUAUGGACCCAUUAAAUCCAACUCUUAUAACCCACAAAAAGUGUAACAGUGUUCCUCAAUUGUUACCAACCACUACAAUAACAGAUAGUGAAGGAGAAUCUUCAAAAUCUUACUUGGAUAAACAGAGAACUUUUUCUAUAGAUUGUUUUGCAACAUCCACCAAUGUGCCACAGUGUCAGCCAGGAUGUGGUGGAAGGGAACUUCUAAAAGAACAAUGCUCUUCAAGUAAUUGCUUCUAUAUAGAUGCGAAUGAAUCAAAUGUUCUUGAGAAUUCUGAGUUGGGUCUCAAAUUAGUAACUGAAGAAAGUAAAAGCUGUAGGAAAAAUGCAAUGAAGAAUCUAUUUUCCAAUGGUAGUUCUUUGCUCUUAAAAGAUAAUAUAAAGGGUUCUUCUUCAAAAAAACAUAUGGCAAAGAAAGACAUUCAGGACAGAAAAAUGUGGAAAGUUAAACAAGCAGAAAAAGCAAAAGAUUCACUUCACAAAAAAAGCAUGACUGAAGGAUCCGUUGCUACUGAGAACAAAAUUCAAAAGAAUAAGAUCUUAGAAGAAUCCUCCUACUUAAGUGAGAAAAGAAUUAAAAAUAAUGUGAUUGAUUCACAUCCAAGCAUUGAAGAUAUUACUGAGGCAGUCUCUUUGAAUAACCCAGUUUCUAAUCAUCUUAGCAAAAGAGAGAAAGAAGGGGGAGUUAAAGUUAGUAAUAACUCUGACUCUGCAUUGCAUUCAGAAAUAGCCUGUAAUUCCCAACCAGGCAUUAUAGGAGCGAAUCAUAGGCCUGUUUUACAUAUACACUCUCAAACCUCUGAAGCCUCUACUCCUCAGGAGAAGCCUACAGCAAACAUGAAUGGAUUAAAAGAAAAACAUUGCUCAGCUAAUCAUUCAGCUUUUAUAGCUAGGCUAGCUCAAAUUUUGAGAAGGGCAGAUGAAACAUCAUCUUUGCGGAUUCUACAGGAAGAAACUAAGGCUUGUCAAAAUAUUCUCCCUUUAUUUGUUGAAGCUUUUGAAAGAGAGCAGGAAUGUUCUCAUGAACAAAUCCUGAUUUCAAGAGAACUAUUGGCAGAACAACACCUGUGGAAUAAUUACAAACACAAAUUAAAACCAUGUGCUGUUGACUCCUUGGUAGAACUCCAAAUGAUGAUGGAAACUAUUCAAUUCAUUGAAAACAAAAAAAGGCUCUUAGGAGGUGAACCAACAUUCCGAAGCUUGCUUUGGUAUGAUGAAACAUUGUAUGGUGAGCUGCUUGGUAGACCGCGUGGAUUUCAACAACAACCCAAUUUCUAUCCUGCUUUUCAAGGAAGGUUAAAAUAUAAUGCGUUCUGUGAGUUGCAAAACUAUCAUGAUCAAUUAAUUGAAUUGUUUGAAGAAACCAAAAGGGAAAACAAUUCAUACUAUGCAUUCUUAAAAUACAAACGACAGAUUAAUGAGUGUGAAGCAAUAAUGAAACGUUGUUCUGAUUGCUUUGACUUUUCUCUUUCUGUUCCAUUUACCUGUGGAGUUAACAUUGGGGAUAGUUUGGGAGACCUAGAAACCUUAAGAAAAAGUACUUUAAAGCUGAUUGAUAUGUAUGGGGACUCUCCUAAAGAUUCCUAUCCAGGAAAACAAGACCAUUUAUGGAUUAUCAUAGAAAUGAUCUCCUCAAAAGUUAAUUUUAUUAAGAACAGUGAGGCAGUAAGUAUUAAAAUAUCUCUUUAUGGUCUGGAACAUAUCUUUUUUGAUGCUGCAAAAAGUCUUGUUUGGAAAGAGAGGAGACAGUCUUUCAGCAAAAAAUACUCAGGAAGGAAGGAUAAAGAAAUGCCACUCAAAAUGAAUCAGUAUGCUUUUUCUAAGUUGAAAAAGAUAUAUGAUAUGUUGUCUAAAGAUUUAAGCAGUGAACAAAUUUCCAGUAUUGGGCUUGAGAAUACUGAAAUUGCUUCCAGAAAGACAGAUGAUCUAAUAAACAAAGCUACAGUUAACAUAGAAGACUGUAGGUUUAACAGUACUUUGCUUUCGCACCCAGAUAUCUGUUGUAUUAGUGAAAUAUUGGAUCAGGCUGAAUCUGCAGACUCUGAGAAAUUACAGGAACUCACUUUGAGAUGUACUGAACACCUAGAAAUUUUAAGAAAAUAUUUUCAGAUGCUUCAAGAAGAGAACAUUGAUAAUAUUUUUAUCACAGAAGAAAAUGUUUUGGACAUGGUGAAAAACCACAACCAUGGGGCCAUAAUUUUAAAACCUGCAGCCAUUGAAACCUAUAUUGAAAUUGUCAUGCUUUCAGAAACCGUUCACUUUCUUAAAAACAAAAUGGCAAAGAAACUAGACAAACAGAGGUUUCGAGGUAUGCUUUGGUUUGAUUUGUCACUUCUUCCUGAGCUGGUUUGCUGCCAAGAAAAAAUGGCUUCUUUUUCAUUUCUUAAAGAUAACUCAACAGAUUGCCUUUGGAAGGUCAUAGAGACUGCUAUUUCUGAACUUAAGAAAGAUCUGGAUAUUAUUUACAAAUAUAGUGAAGCAGUUAAUUGCUCAUAUGCUCUUCAUUUGCUCUCAAGAGAACUUGAAGAACUUUCCGAAAUAAAAAAACUUAUAAAGAAGUCUGAAUAUUCCAUUUCUACAUACAUUGACUUUGUGCCAUGUAUAGCAUCCAUAAAUUAUGGAAGCACUAUGAUGGAGUUAGAAUACAACUACAAUCAGUUUUCUACACUGCUCAAAAAUAUAAUGGAUGCCCCUCAGAAAGAUUUAGGGAAAAUGGCUCAUAUUAUGAAAGUCAUGAAAACUAUUGAACAUAUGAAGAUAAUAUGUGCUAAAAAUGCUGAAUUAACCAUUUCCUUUAUUCUGUGCCAAAUGCUACAUAACAGAAAGAAGACUUUCCAACUGAAGAGAGAAGAAAAAAUGAAUAUGCAUGUAAAACCUAGGAAGAGUAUCAGUAAAUCUAGUACUUUUAUGAAGGUGCCCUCCAUUUCAGAGUGCCUAAUGAAAAAUGUUUCAAAUUCCUCUAAAAAACGAUCUAUCACUGCAGACAAAUGUGAAGACUCUCAGGAACAAGAGAAAAACACUACUGUUUCCAGCUGUAAAAAACAAAAGGUUGACAUGAAAGAUGUCACAAAAACCAACAGAGAAGAGGCAGCAUUCAAGCAUCCAAGGACUACAAGAUCUCAUCCUGAAAGUGAAAGUGUAAUAGGACCAACUUCAUCUGACAAUCUGAAAAGAAACCAUGUAUCUCCAAAAAUGGUUGAGGUGGAAAGAUCACUACCUGGCUCACUAUUACCUUUAAAGAACUUAAAAGACACUUGCACAUCAAAGUCAGAGGGCAAAAUAGAUCUAACUAAUAUUUCAUCUGAUACUUCGGAAGACUUCACUGGACAACAGGGAAACUUAAAUAGCAUGAAGAAAAACAAUGUGAAUUUUAGUGCUACUGAAACAAAGAGUGAUAAGAAAGAUUGUUCUUUUGCAAUUUGUGAACAAAGAAGUGUAGAUGGCAUAUUUCCAAAAGACUACAAGAUGCCUUCACAGAGAUUUCUUAAUCCUGCAGAGAAAUCUUUUCCCUCAGACAUAAAACCAGGAACUGAUGCUUCUCCUCUGCCUGCUGCAUCAGUGCUCUCAAAGCCUAUUUUCCGUUUUGUUAGGGACAUCCCUGCCAAUUUAGAAAUGAAUGACACUGUCUUUGAACUUCAAGAUAAUGAAAUAUUAAAUUCAUCUAUUAAAAAUUCUGCAUGCACCAAUUCUUCAGAAUCCAAAUUUAUCCAGAACAAGUCUCCUAUUCUGCAAGUAAAAACACAGCCUGCAAAAACUGAGUUAAAAGAAAAAUACAUGAAGGAUACCUUGAGUCCUAGUACUGUACCUCUUGGAGCAUCUGGGAACAUAACCUGUAAUGUAAAUCAAACAGAGUACUCUGUUUCUGAACAGAAUAAUGAAAAUUCAAAAGUCCUAACUCAGAAUGCUGCUGCAUAUUGGAAUGAACUUCCGCAGUCUGCAUGUACCCCAGUAUAUAAUUCUUCUGCACAUUCAUUUGGAACUGCAUAUCCUUACUACGCUUGGUGUGUUUAUCAUUACAGCAGCAGCGGCGGCAGUUCCCUUACCCAGACAUAUGGUGGGAUACAGCCACCUCCUUCUGGGAUGUUGACUGCAAUUGCAAGCACUGUUCAAAAUACACAUUCUAAUAUUUUAUACUCUCAAUACUUUGGCUCCUUUGCUAGGGAGCCACAAGCAAAUGACUUUGUGCCAGUGAAUGGGUAUUUUCAAUCUCAAAUGCCUGUUUCUUACAAUUUUCAGCAGCCGAUUUUUUCACAGUAUGCUCCCCAUCAACCAUUCCCACAAGCUGUAUACCCUUACCCUCCUGAUGAUUCAGGUGUACUUCCAGAAGUUCCUUGGACUUAUGUUCCAUGGCAACAAGAACCUUUUCAGCCAGGACAUUGAAAAAAGUCUUCUGUCUACUGAAAUAAAAGGGGUUUAACAAGUUUUUCCAAGUAUUUUUUACUUAAUUUUUUUAUUUUUACAUUUUAAAAUUAUGUAAUGUAGGAAAUAGAAACCAUAUAGCCCUUUAUAAAAUGUUUAAAUGCAACAGUGUAUCAUACAAUGCAAUUGGAAAUCAGUUCCUGACAUCUAAAAUACCAAAAUUAUUUCCAUGCAAUAUUUUAGUGAAUGGUAGUAGGCUAUUUUCAAUAUCCAUCAGAAACAUUAACAAUAUUUUGAAACAUAUUUUGAAAUGUUUCCAUCGCAGCUGUUAAUAUAAAGAUCCUUUUGAGAUUAUUCUAAUGGAGUAAGGAGAGUAAAUGUAACAUUUAAUAUUAAAGUUAAGCAAUGGUAGUAAAAUCUUUAAAAUAAGAUUUUUCUGUCUGAUAUUUUUUUAUAUAUUGUUUAUGGUAGCAUUGUGCCAUUUGGCUUAAAGAAGGACUUUUUUUUUACUUGGAUUGUUCAAUCAGGCCAAUAAUUUUAUAAUUCUUGAUAUUUCAUAUAAUUUACAAUUCUGUAUCUGAUGUGACAAACUCCUUUAAUUUCAAUAUUUUCUACUUUUUACUUGCAAAAUAUGUUUUAAUAGGGAAUUUGGUUUGUAUAUUUUCAGUGUUUGUCCUUGAGUAGAGAUUUUUAUAGUUUUUAUGUUUGAAGUAGUUUUAUAUCAUUGUAUUGAAAUUAAAGUACAUUUAACACGUUUUCCCAGGAGCCUCUUCCACAAGAUUAUUUUUUUGUAUUUCACAAUUCAAACUUUUUUAAAAAAUGAUUUUGUAGCAUUUAAAUAAUAAGGAACAAUUUCUUUAGCUUAUGCUAAAUGUUUAGUCACAUUUUAGUAAUUAAAAUAACAGCACAAAUAGAAGUUUUUUAAUGCUGUGGUCAUAGAUUUUUUUUUCCUUUUCCCCAACCUUCCACAAAAGUAUAAAGUGUCUCAGAAAUAAUCAUCAUAGAACAACAGGGGUUAUAGUGUGUAACUAUGGUCUUGAGCCACCCUCUCUGCCCACCAACACCCAAUCCUGUUUUCUGUAAAAUUACAGCUAGAAAGAUCCCAUACAACUGGAUGGACCUUUCUCAAAAGUGCUAGUGGGCCCAAAAAUGUGACAAGAAAUUUGCAUUAGCUCAAUCUAUACAGAUAGCAGAGCCCUUAGUGUUUUCUCAAAGUUUCUAUGUUAGUAGACUUUUUAUGUUAUCUAGCAUAGGCCUCCAAAAAGAGUACAAUUCAGCCAAAUUUAUUGUAGAAUAACCAAUCUUUCAAUUUAGAAAAACACUAAGAACCCCCAGGAUAAGCCUCUUUACUCACAACCAAAUAGGAUGGAAUUCAGAGUACUUAAGGUUCUUCUCUAACAGAUCUUUAAAAGAGCAAAGAACUGCACCUGAAAGAACUAAGGAAUUCGAAGACUAUAGGAUUUAAGCAAUAU